CUUUAUUCAAAUGCUCCUUUUGAUGAAUGGAUGCUGAAAGAUGUUUCACUGUUUUUGUGUUUUCACAUCCUCGUCUCAGCUUGGCAGUCCACCCCGAUAAAAUCACCAUAGCGACCGGGCAGGUGGCGGGUACGUCUUUAGAGGGGAAAUUGGCGCCACAUAUUCGCGUGUGGGACUCCGUCAGCCUCAACACCCUCCACGUUCUGGGAGCCGCUUACUUUGAGCGAGCCCUCGUCUGCUUGGCUUUCUCUAAGUCGAAUGGAGGAAACACAUUGUGUGUUGUUGACGACUCGAAUGACCAUGUGCUGUCCGUAUGGGACUGGCAGCGAGAAGACAGACUGGCUGAGGUCAAGGUGGGUUGCAUGCGGAUGUGCAUGCAUCCGUCCGUGGCCAAGUAUGGCCCGCAGGCGGCAUAUGGCUCGCGUACUUCUCUGUUCUGGCCCCUUGGUGCGUUUACAUUAUCAAAAGACUUGUAAUGUUUGCUGCAUUUU